AUGCCCUCCCUCACGCCGCUUCUCCCGCUGAGACAGCUCGACGUGUCCUCGAAAGGGCAACUAUCAGCUCCUGUGCGAAGCUCCUGCGAUGGCUGCAUCAACAGCGUGUGGAGCGAUGACCUCGAUGCUAUCGAUCUCACAAGCCCGCAGGAUCCGUUCAAUGGCACCGAUGAGGACACCGUCUGGUCAUCCCCAUCUUCUCUCACCAAGGGCAUGCCGACUGAAGCACCCCCCGAUGAGCUUCAGAAGCCUGCAAAGGAUCAUCUGGAGAGCGUCGAGGAUGCCAAUCUCGCUGAAUCAUACGAUACUGCUGAAACGUUGCGCGUCACCAUCGAAAGCUUCCCGACUCCGCCUCGACCAACUCGCAUCCUCAGACCUCCGCAGAAGCUGCCUCUGUGCGGAGAACCAGCCCCUCUAAUUGCCGAAUGGUCUCUGCUCUCUUCUUAUUGCAGUGAACUCUUCGCAGAGUAUGACGAUCUUCGCGAGUCUUUGGACGUCCCGCACGGCUGUGUUCGAGCAGACAGUCUAGACCUCGACCCCGUCUUGCUCCGAACGUAUGUACAAGAGGCUUGCCAGACACGCCCAACCUCGGAUCAUCGCCUCGAGAAACCGCUCCCCUCGACCCCACUCGACGUAUCACAGCGCCCUCUUCUGCACCGAGCAGCAGUCGCGCAGCCGCCAAGACCAUUACGGCACCCCAUGAGACCCCCGGAUUAUCCCAGGAAGUUGUCGCAAUCGACUGCAGAGGCUAACAGCGCUGACAUUGGUGUCAUCGCCGAGUCUGGCGAGCUGGGCUCAGGACCUUGUCCUCGGAGCCCAGCGGUCAAGCAGAACCGUCUCGGUCUUGCGCUCAAGCGAGUAAUUGGGCAAUCGUCUUACCGAAACGAAGCGGCAACGACAGUCCUCUCGGCGAAGGAUCAUUACGAGAUCACGCCCUUCCCCUUCGAGAGCCCUAAAGAAGAGGAGACGCCGUUGCCCGACCACAGUGGCAGCCGCUUCGCGGAAGCAGGGAUCCAGCUCAAACUCCCGGACUAUCAUCGAAGUCUUCGCAAGCAGACAUAUCCUCCUCGAGUCCGCUAUGCUGUCCAAGAGGUUCGCCACGUCGGGCCGGACCGACACGCGCCGGCGCCGGUGCUCUCUGCAUUCGCAGGCUCUCCCAGAUUCGCUUUCUAUCAGCUUCGCCCAGCGUUGUCUUCUUGA